CUACUUGAGCACAUAUCGUCGCAUAUAGCGACUACGUACGCAACGAGCUACCUGACAGCCAUGGAGCAGGGCAUAAAAGAGGCUGCACAGCAGUGCGUUGACCUUUUCACACGGUGCUUGCAAAAUCCACCACUCAUGGAAAACGAAUGGGCUGAGAAUCGCCUUGCUGAUAUGAAUUUAUGGAUAUCAGGCACCGGAGCCUGCGCCAGAGGACGAGCUUCUUUGGACUCCAGACUAGCCUCGAGGCCCGAAGCUCAUGAUGUGAUUGUCAAUUUAUUGCGCCUGCUAAGUACUAUGAUUGACGAGUCCCUAAAAAGAAGCCAAACACAAGACAUUUCGCGGAAUUAUUACAACGAGGAAGACCUUGCGUCUCCUGAGCACGAAGGACAAGGGCGAUCAUUUUCCCCAUGGUCCGAUGAUUCUAGCUCCGAUGGCCAGUUGAUGGACCGUCAUGAGUUGCGGAAUCCAUCCGGGAAUCUGUUGCAUGAGUCAAUGUAUGACAUUGAGUCGAUGAUGGAUCAACUUUCCCGGGUCGCAGUUGCCAUUCGUCGCUCUGGACGGCGCUCACGGUUGCAAAAGGCGGACCAAAUGUUCAACGCAACGGACCAUCAGGAGCUGGAAGGCCACCUUAUCGGAAUGUUGCUUUGUCAAUUACAUGGUCGUAUCCAAGAAAGAGACCCAUCGCAGUUGGAUGAAGUACAAUUGCGGUUGAUACACUGCAACCUAAAGCGUCGAAAUCGCUUUUUGUAUUCUCAAAGACACGCCAUAGGUCUGGAUGCUGGCUACGUACGUCGCACACCCGUACCGAAGCCAGCUGGAUCAGCACAGAAGGAGACACCUCAAAAAGACCCGCGUUGGGAAUCCUCAGAUAAUAGCCCAAUGCACGCUAACAACACCGUAAUCACUGGAACCAGUGCCUCCAUAUUGUCCGAUGGCUUUCAAUUACCGCAAUCAGGCCACGUACUACACCCAAUAGACCACGCUAAAUCCGUCACUCUUUCCGCAGUAUCAACCACUGCACUCGAAGUAGAUUACCCGCGCCCGCCUCAGCUCAAAGAUGAUGCACGGCUCUUUCGGUGUCCCUGUUGCUGCGAAGCACUUCCUGCAAAAAUGACAGAUGAAAUCAGGUGGAGAAAACAUAUUGAAGAUGAUUUGAGUCCCUACAGCUGUGUUUUGGCUAGUUGCGAUCAGCCUUAUGUCCUCUUCAAUACAAAGGAUAGUUGGCGACAGCACAUGCUGAAGGAUCACAGCAGCAUGACAUAUUGGACCUGCUUUGCAUGUGGUGAUGGAUGUCAAUUUUCAAACAGGGAAGCCUUUGUACUACACACGGAGUCCUUUCAUGCUGCGACCGUUUCACUAGCCCAUAUACCAGUCCUGGCGGAGUUGUCAAAAAAGACAAUACCAUCAGAAAUCCGACACUGUCCACUGUGCAACUGGCCAGAAAACGAUGAAGUCGAAGUGGAAAAAGAUACACUGUUCAAUCAUAUCGCUAAGGAGAUCCACUCUUUCUCGCUCCGGGCAUUACCAUGGGCGGAUGAUAACGGACAAGAGAGUGUUGAAAAUAUUCACAACAGCUCUGAAAAGGUCUACGACUGGCUGAGCAAGAAUAACAUUCAGACAGAUCCUAGUAUAGAACGCCCUCCCUGCAAGGAGAGGCUAUGGUAUGAUGACUAUUUCCAGCAGAAUUCAUAUUUUGCUUGCAGCUCAGAAGUGUCGUCUUCGAAUGAGCUUGAUUCUGACGAAUCGAGGCAAAACGAACUGGAUGAACUUAGAAGGGUAGAUGAGAUCGAGUCUCAAGGACAGAAGAGUGAAGCAAAUGCAAAUCCAGCACUUCAUUCCUCGCCGUCUAAUACACAGAGAGAUUAUAUAGAGCAGGCUGUGGAGCUCGAGACACCCAUGGACUCUCGCGAGAUUAAGCUUAGUGAAGAGCAUUCUGACACUAAGCAUACACCUUCAUAUGCUUUGAGCGACAUCGUGGAGGACUCAGAAGACGAUUUCUCAGAAACCGCCUAUUUUUGGGGUCACUCCUCGAAUCCGAAAAAAGCGGUGCCUGUUUAUUUGGACACAAAGGCUACUGCUAAUUUCAUGUCUCUUAGACUCGCGCAGGAAUUAGAGGCCCCAUUGCAACCCAUUACGCCGAAGGCUCUGAUCUCCAUCCCCAGUGAUGCAGCGAAUCAAACGAGCCUUACGGCACAAUUCCAAACUGAGGUGAACUGGCAGUUUGCACGACGUGGCACGGAGUAUACCACUAAAUUCUUAGUCCUGGACACAGACACAUACGACCCUCCAAGAUCAGUCUGGGAUAUGUUUAAUGUAGGAGGCCCAGUAGAAUUGGAGGCGGAACAGGGGAGUCUGCCUAGGAAACCAGACAAGCCUCGGUCCCUGGACACAAGGUUGUUAUCAUUGUUAGAAAGAAAACUGGGCCGGUAA